AUGGCGAGGAGGAGCCGCCGCUGCCUCCUGCUGCUGCUGCGCUGCCUGGUGGUCGCCCUGGGCUGUCCUAAGACCUUUGGAUUGUCUGACCCAAAGGAUCAUCAAGUAAUCACAGCAAUCGAGUAUCAAGAGGUGAUUUUAACCUGCAAAUUCCCCAGGAAGACCCCGGCCUCCAGGUUAGAGUGGAAGAAACUGGGACCAAGUGUCUCCUUUGUCUACUAUGGCCAGGAUCUCAGAGGUGACUUUAAAGAUCGAGCUCAGAUGAUGGAUUUCAGUAUCAGGAUCAAAAAUGUUACAAGAAAUGAUGCCGGGAAAUAUCGUUGUGAAGUGAGCACCCCAACUAACGAAGGCCAGAGGCUGGAAGAGAACACAGUCACGCUAGAAGUACUAGUGGCUCCAGGGGUUCCCACAUGUAACAUCCCCAGUUCUGUCCUGAGCGGGACCGUGGUGGAGCUGCGAUGUCAAGACAAAGAAGGGAAUCCAGCGCCUAUGUACACGUGGUUUAAGGAUGGCACCCGCCUGCUGGGGAACCCCAGACUCGACGCCCACGUCACCAACAGCUCCUACACCAUGAACACGAAAUCUGGAACUCUGCAAUUUAACACCGUUUCAAAACUGGACAGUGGAGAGUAUUAUUGCGAAGCCCGUAAUUCCGUUGGAUCUCGCAGGUGCCGUGGGAAAAAAAUGCAAGUAGAUGAUCUCAACGUGAGUGGCAUCAUCGCGGCCGUGGUGGUAGUGGCCUUAGUGAUUUCCAUUUGUGGCCUUGGUGUGUGCUAUGCUCAGAGGAAAGGCUACUUUUCAAAGGAAACCUUCCAGAAGAGUAACUCUGCAUCCAAAGCCACUCCAGUGGGUCAAAAUGAUUUCAAGCACUCAAAAUCCUUUAUAAUUUAA